AUGAUCAAACUCGAAGACGCCAUGAUGGAUAUCCUGGGCUUUUUCCCGUACUACAUGCGCCCGCCCUUGCUCUCUGUGAACAGCCAGGCGCUCAGUGUGCUGAAAGAACUGGAAUACCAUGUCAUUAUCGGGGAUCUGAAUACGAAAGACUGGAAGUAUCAAGCCAAGGAUACGGUUGGUGAGGCCAAGCAGCUUUUUGUGGAGGGGCUGGAGAAGGGGUAUAGUAUUGUUGAGGCGCAUGACCAGGAACUUUGGACGCAGGGCGAGCUGAUUGAUUAUAUGAUUGCUGUUGUGCAGGAGAGGGGUAUAAGAAUAAGCAUGGGAAUUGUGGUAUUACGGAAGAUUAUUGCGCGGUAG